AUGUCUACUCUGUCUUUUGUUUUUACAGACUCAAUAAAUAUGCUCAAUUUUAACAUAACUUUAAUUUUUUUGUCUUAUGGACCUCCUGGGCCUCUCAAUUAUGCAGUUUUCUUUGUUACUUUGUUGACAUAUCUUGCCACACUUUUUGCAAAUUUAUUGUUGAUGCUGGUAAUCUAUCUUGACACAAGUUUUCACAAACCUAUGUAUGUAUUUUUAUUCAAUUUGGCAUUGAAUGGGCUUAUUGGAAGCUCUGCAGUCCUGCCUCACAUCAUGAACAACCUUCUUGUUAAUAUGAAAUUCAUCUCCUUUCACUACUGUCUGUUUCAAGUAUUCUGUGUCACUACGUAUGGAGCAUGUGCAUAUUUAAUAUUAAUGGUUAUGGCAUAUGAUAGAUAUGUUGCGAUUUGUAAACCAUUGCAGUAUCACAACAUAAUGACAGCAAUGAAAGUUAGGUUGCUUCUAGGCAUCACCUAUAUUUUUCCGAUUUGUUUUGUAGGUAUACAAAUACACCUUACUUCACAGAUGCCUUUGUGUAGGUACACUAUAAACAAGCUGUUUUGUGAUAACUUGGCUGUUGUCAACCUCUCCUGUGUUAAGAGUGUAUUUGGAAACCUGUAUGGCAUUGCUCUGGUAGUUAUCUUUGUUGUUUUUCCUUUGUUAUUUGUGGUUAUGUCAUAUGUAAAAAUAUUACUAGUUAGUUUGAAAGCCUCAGCAAAUGCCAAAAAAAAGGCUUUAAAAACUUGUCUCCCUCAUUUAAUCACAUUUAUUAAUUUCUCAUCGGCUACUCUGUUCUCUGUAAUAUAUAAUCGAUUAAAUUAUUAUCUUCCAAAAGAGCUUAAUGUUUUCUUAUUUGUACAUUUUAUUCUGAUCCCACCCCUCCUGCAUCCAAUUAUAUAUGGAAUGAAAACUGAAAAGAUUAGUCAAAGUUUUAUAAAACUUCUUCAUAAAAGAGUUUUUGCACUUGAAUUUCAUUUUCAAUCAAUAAAAACAAUUUAA